AGAGCCAGCAGCUGCCGAGGCCCGAGAGCUAGCAACACUGAGCGAGCACCGCUGCAGCUUCGGCGCCGGCGGGAGCUAGUCAGCCCGGCACCAUUCCUCCUCCACACCGCCCGCCUUCUCGGACAUGGUGGCCCCCGGCUCUGUGACCAGCCGGCUGGGCUCGGUGUUCCCCUUCCUGCUUGUGCUGGUGGACUUGCAAUACGAAGGUGCUGAAUGUGGAGUAAAUGCAGAUGUUGAGAAACAUCUUGAAUUGGGCAAGAAGUUACUUGCAGCUGGACAGUUAGCAGAUGCUUUAUCUCAGUUUCAUGCUGCAGUAGAUGGUGACCCUGAUAACUAUAUUGCUUACUAUCGGAGAGCUACUGUCUUUUUAGCGAUGGGUAAAUCCAAAGCAGCACUUCCAGAUUUAACAAAAGUGAUUGAAUUGAAGAUGGAUUUUACUGCAGCAAGAAUACAGAGAGGCCACUUGUUACUCAAACAAGGCAAGCUGGAUGAAGCAGAAGAAGAUUUUAAGAAAGUGCUCAAAUCUAAUCCGAGUGAAAAUGAAGAAAAGGAAGCCCAGGCCCAACUGGUAAAGUCUGAUGAAAUGCAGCACUUACGCUCACAAGCUCUUUACGCUUUUGAAGAUGCAGAUUAUGCUGCUGCUAUAACCUUCCUUGAUCAGAUUUUAGAGGUUUGUGUUUGGGAUGCAGAAUUACGGGAACUUCGAGCUGAAUGUUUUAUAAAAGAAGGGGAGCCUAGGAAAGCUAUAAGUGAUUUAAAAGCUGCAUCGAAAUUGAAGAAUGACAAUACAGAAGCCUUUUAUAAAAUCAGCCUCCUGUAUUACCAGUUAGGAGACCAUGAGCUGUCCCUCAGUGAAGUUCGUGAAUGUCUGAAACUUGACCAGGAUCAUAAAAGGUGUUUUGUACACUAUAAACAAGUGAAGAAACUUAAUAAGCUGAUUGCGUCAGCUGAAGAGCUCAUCAGAGAUGGCAGAUACACAGAUGCGACCAGCAAAUAUGAGUCUGUAAUGAAAACAGAGCCAAGUGUUUCUGAAUAUACAAUUCGUUCAAAAGAAAGGAUCUGUCACUGCUAUUCUAAGGAUGAAAAGCCUGUUGAAGCUAUUAGAAUAUGUUCUGAGGUUUUACAGAUAGAACCUGACAAUGUGAAUGCUCUGAAAGACCGAGCGGAGGCCUAUUUAAUAGAAGAAAUGUAUGAUGAAGCUAUUCAGGAUUAUGAAACUGCUCAGGAACACAAUGAAAACGACCAGCAGGUUCGGGAAGGCCUAGAGAAAGCACAAAGACUCCUGAAACAGUCCCAGAAAAGAGAUUAUUACAAAAUCUUGGGGGUAAAAAGAAAUGCCAAAAAGCAAGAAAUCAUCAAAGCAUACCGAAAAUUAGCGAUGCAGUGGCACCCAGAUAACUUCCAGAAUGAAGAAGAAAAGAAAAAAGCUGAGAAAAAGUUCAUUGACAUAGCAGCUGCAAAAGAAGUCCUCUCUGAUCCAGAAAUGAGGAAAAAGUUUGACGAUGGAGAAGAUCCCUUGGAUGCAGAGAGCCAGCAAGGAGGCGGUGGCAAUCCUUUCCACAGGAGCUGGAACUCCUGGCAAGGGUUUAACCCCUUCAGCUCAGGCGGACCCUUCAGAUUUAAAUUCCACUUCAAUUAAACCAACUGUUUU